CGCAGUUACUUGCCCCUGUUUCAUCCCGUGACAGUGAACAUUACCAGAUCGCCGUCGUCCUCCACAAAAAUCCAUAUCUUUGUCAAUGAUAACUGGUUGAGAGAUUAAUCACAAGUCGUUUGACCUUUAUACCCUUUCUUUUAAUUAUUUUUUUAUAAAUCAACUCUUUAUCUCAUGAAGAACUGAAUAUUUGUUUCACAAGUCUAAGAUAUUCUGUUUCUUUUACACAAUUUGGAACAUAACCAUCAUCAUCUUCAACCACCGCGGCAUAGAAUAAUUGCAACCAAACAUCAAAGAUGCCACUACCAACCAGACCGAUGGUCCCAGAGGUUAUGGGAGAUGUUGCAGCUAGAAAUACACAUAAAAUGGCCAUCACUCGAGAUUAUAUCUCACAACCAAGACUUACUUACAAGACUGUCACUGGUGUAAAUGGACCCCUUGUCAUAUUGGAUGAUGUCAAGUUUCCAAAAUUUGCAGAAAUUGUCCGUUUGACUUUAGCCGAUGGCAGCACAAGAAGUGGUCAAGUGCUUGAAGUCAGUGGUUCCAAAGCUGUUGUCCAGGUAUUUGAAGGAACAUCAGGAAUUGAUGCUAAACACACAACCUGUGAGUUUACUGGCGACAUUCUUAGGAUGCCUGUUUCCGAAGACAUGUUAGGUCGUGUUUUUAAUGGUUCUGGCAAGCCAAUUGACAAAGGUCCUGGGGUCCUUGCUGAGGAUUUCUUGGAUAUUCAGGGUCAACCAAUUAACCCUUGGUCUCGUAUUUACCCUGAGGAAAUGAUACAGACAGGUAUUUCAGCCAUUGACACAAUGAAUUCAAUUGCCCGUGGGCAGAAGAUUCCCAUCUUUUCAGCUGCUGGUCUACCACAUAAUGAGAUUGCUGCUCAGAUCUGUCGUCAAGGUGGUUUAGUGAAGCUACCUGGUAAAAGUAUUAUGGAUGAUCAUGAAGACAACUUUGCCAUUGUGUUCGCUGCUAUGGGUGUCAACAUGGAAACUGCUCGAUUCUUUAAACAGGACUUUGAAGAAAAUGGUUCCAUGGAAAAUGUGUGUCUUUUCUUAAAUUUGGCCAACGACCCCACCAUUGAACGUAUCAUCACGCCAAGGAUUGCAUUGACCACAGCUGAGUAUCUGGCCUACCAAUGUGACAAACACGUUCUGGUCAUCCUCACCGACAUGACAUCAUACGCUGAAGCCCUUCGAGAGGUUUCCGCUGCCAGAGAAGAAGUGCCUGGACGACGUGGUUUCCCUGGUUACAUGUACACUGAUCUGGCUACCAUCUACGAGAGGGCUGGUCGAGUUGAGGGUCGCAAUGGCUCCAUCACACAAAUUCCUAUUCUUACUAUGCCUAAUGACGAUAUCACACAUCCCAUUCCUGAUUUAACUGGGUACAUCACAGAGGGACAGAUUUAUGUUGACCGUCAGUUACACAACAGACAGAUCUACCCUCCAAUCAAUGUGCUUCCAUCACUGUCUCGUCUUAUGAAAUCAGCCAUUGGUGAAGGAAUGACACGUGAGGACCAUGCUGAUGUUUCCAAUCAGUUGUACGCCUGCUAUGCCAUCGGUAAAGAUGUGCAAGCUAUGAAAGCUGUUGUUGGUGAAGAAGCUCUGACAUCUGAGGACUUGCUCUACCUGGAGUUCCUCACCAAGUUCGAGAAGAAUUUCAUCUCUCAGGGUCACUAUGAAAACCGAUCCAUAUUCGAAUCGUUGGACAUUGGCUGGCAGCUGUUGCGAAUCUUCCCGAAGGAGAUGUUGAAGAGAAUCCCCGCAGCCACCCAGGCCAAAUACUAUCCUCGGGACGGCGGUCAGUCGACCACUUCCACUCAACUGUAAAGGGCUUGCUGCAACUGCACCACGAAUCUCCUGGUUCUUGCACAAAACAUUCCAACUCCCCCC